AGUUAAUAUGUACUCUGUCGGCUUAUAUAUGUGCUUAAAUAUCACAGAAGGUUGCCUAAAGGCGACCGAUGCCUAUUAGUGCGACUUUCUUCGAAGAUGUGAUGAAUAUACUGCAUCGAAUGCGAAAUAUCAGUGUUGCUGCAUCGUGCGCACUGUGUUUCUAUCUAUGUAUUAUAUUAAAUAUUGUGUAUGUUCAUGGAAUAGGCUGUAACUCUACGUAUUCAUUGCCGCUUAAUGCGGUGCGCAAUGUUUAUGACGAUGGAGGCUCAUUUGGUUAUUAUCAUCGCAAAAAUACAGCACAAGAGUGCCUUCCUAAAGUAUGUGUAAGACAUUCAGAUGCCUUUUUAUUGAAAGAUCGAGGUUCAAAUACCUUGUGUCUGCCACAAAGUUUAUUUGCAGGCUUUAUAUGGACUAAGGCCCAUGGUUAUCGCAUAAGGCCUAAAGACUCUUGGCUCUUCAAAAUCAAUGCAUUGGAAUCCGUUAGCUCUGAAUUAAAAUGCAAACAGCCGCUGAAAUCAUCGGUUGGCCAUACGUUACGUGAGCGUGUCCUACUCGUAGAUGGAACUGGGUUGGCAUAUCGGUGUUUCUUUGCUUUACCCACUCUCACUACUUAUAGAGGCACGGAGAUAGGUGCAAUAGUUGGUUUUAUGAACUCCCUUGGGCGUAUAUAUAAGUCAUUUGGGCCCAAAUAUAUUGGCAUUGCAUUUGAUUCUCCAGGUUCAAACAGCACAAAACGUGAAGUGUGGCCUGAAUAUAAAGCGAAUCGUCAAACUAUACAGACUUCUUUUAAGAAGCAGUUAAUGUGGAUAAAAGAAUUUUGUGCUAUUAUUGGUAUUCCGGUGUUCUUGAAGCGCGCCACUGAGGCUGACGAUAUCAUUGCAAGUAUGAUAGGUUUCCUGAGUGGUGGUAAUACUAUAAAUGAGCGAGCAGCAACUGGAGAGGAAGAGGUGCAGCGCCUUAAGCAAGUCGAUUAUCGUGUGCCCGAUUCUACUUCAGGUGGUGUUUUUGAUCGUGUAUUACGUUCCACCGGUAGAGAGUUAGAGCCCUUAGAUUUAUGUGACAGUGGUGACAUUAACCAUCGUAAAUUUGAUGUACAUGUUCUAACUGCUGACAAGGACCUGUUGCAGGUUCUUGAAUACAACGAUGACGCAAAUAUAAGUGUUCGUAUAAUUCAACCGCACAAAAAGUUUCGUACGGUCGAUGAGGAUACGGUCAUAGACGAGUAUGGAAUUCCCCCUAGUCGUUUUAGCGAAUAUCUAGCGUUGGUUGGUGACUCUGCUGACAACAUUCCUGGAGUAAUGGGCAUCGGUCCCAAAACUGCACCUGUUCUUAUAUCGAAGUAUAAUUCAUUCAAGCAAAUUAUUGAAUCUGACGAAAUCGCUAAAAUUGCGAAGCGCAGUGAGAAGCACAACGUCAGUGUACAGCGUGCAUAUGACUUCCAUUUGAUUACCAAAUUACGCGCUGAUGUUCCAGUUUUAUCAUCGUUGAGUCAGUUAUGCAAGAAGCGUACUUUGGAGAGCCAGUUUGUGGCAUUCUGUCGUAUGUUUUCAUUGCAGAAAUGCUCUUUACGUUGGCAUGAUGUGACUCAUUAAACACGCCGAACAUUAACCGUGCAUUUAAAUAGUUCAUAUCCCAAGCUGGGUUCCCAUUAUACUGUCUAGAUAUAUAAUCUAA